GUUUGCUGAUUUUUAAAAAACCCCUCAGAACCCGCGAUACACGUUUGAGAAACACACGACAAGGAAUUUUGUUCCUGUAAAUUUAAGAUUCGACAAUGGAAUUUAUAUCCGCUACCGACAGAGUGAACGCUGCAUUCGCUACCUUGCAGUCUGAGUUGAGAGAAAUCAGAACACAAGACAUCAGUCUGAUGAAGCAAUUGCUGAGUAUCAAUGAUUCCAUUCAGAAUCUGUCGAGGAGAAGGAGCGACAAGUCACGCGCCAGAAGAAUGACACGAAAAAUCUCCCGUAAACCAGCGCUGGCGGAAAUCACAGAUGAGGACCAAACAUACAGCAGGAAGGACGAAAUCAAACUCCUGACCAACAUUAAACUAUGGAAAUAUUCCCAGUCCGACGAAUCAAGCUCGGGGUCAGAGUCAGAAGUCCUGUCUGACUAGAAGGCUCCUCUAACUAACCGAUUCCAACAAUUACCUCUUGUGACGAAGGUCUCUCUAUAAACUGAUGCAUCAAGUAACACUUUCUCGACAAAUCAGUUUUAGAGGCAUACAGAUCGGAUUUAGAACAAUCUUCUUCAUCAGACUUUGCCGUCUUGAAUUGUUUCUGUUUUUUCUCUCGUCGCCUUUCAUUGAUGAAAGUAGGGUUUUGUAAUGAAGGCCGAUGACAGAGAA